AUGAAUCCAUUGGGAACUAAUCGUAUUUGCUGUGGUUUUGUUGUGGGUAAAAUGGAAUAUUGCACGGAUAUACUGAAACAACUUUUGAAAGAGCUGAUCGAUCGAACUGUUGAGAAGAAAUUUCAACCGAAAAUCCUAUUUCGACGUUCAGAAAGUGUUGCUGAACGAAUGUUAGCCGCGUGGUAUACGUUCUUGAUGCAUCGAUACUUAAUUGAACAUGCUGGUCAAAAAUUGUACGAAUUGUAUUGGUCCAUAAAGCAACAAGUUGAGAAAGGACCGCAAGAUGCGGUGACUCUCGAAGCGAGGUACUCCUUAAGUGAGGAGAAAUUAUUACGGUCCUCAUUCGAUUUCCACGAACUGAUUGUCUUCAUAACGGCUGAUAAUUAUGCAGCGGGUAUUUGUGAAUAUCCGGUGAGGGUACUCGACUGUGAUACUAUCACUCAGGUGAAAGAGAAGUGUCUGGAUGCGAAGUAUCGCACGACGCCGUUCUCGGAUCGUCCAUCGGCAAAUGAUUUGGAUUUGGAGUUGCGAUCGACGUGUCCUCGUAUAAUAUUGCAAGAUAUCGAUAGCACUUCGAAGAUGGAAGCGGGCGGUUGGAAGAAACUGAAUACUCUUGCGCAUUACAAG